AUGAAGUUUAAAUCAAGGAAAUCUCGAUGUGUUGUGAUAAAGAAAGGGAAAGUGACCAGAAAGUUCAAGCUCUCGAUACAGCAGGAGGAGAUCCCAACAAUCGUAGACAAUCCAAUCAAGUGUUUAGGAAAGUGGUUUGAUGCUAGCCUAAACGACAGCAAGAAUAUCAAACGUUUGCAGAACCAGUUGGAAGAAGGUUUGAGGAGAAUUGACAAAUCAGGACUGCCCGGUAAAUUCAAAUCGUGGAUGUACCAACACGGGCUCCUACCACGCCUCACGUGGCCUCUAACCCUGUACGAGGUUACCACUACCACAGUGGAAAUCCUGGAAACGAAAAUAAGCAAAUGUCUACGACGUUGGCUUGGAGUCCCCCCAAGUUUCACCAGUGUGAGCCUUUACAGCACCACAGGCAAAUUAAAACUCCCAUUAUCAUCGCUGGUAGAAGAGUUCAAGGUGGCAAAGGUUAGGCUGGUGAUGACUGUUAGAGACUCCAAAGAUGAGAAGAUCCGGAAUGCUGGAAUUGAGACUCGAACAGGACGCAAGUGGUCAGCAAGCCGUGCGGUACAGGAAGCAGAGAGCAGGCUAAGGCACAGCGACAUCGUUGGGACUACCUGUAUAGGCAAACAGGGGUUAGGGUCAACGCGGGUGGAAAGGUGGGGAACAGCAGACACGGCUGGUAGGAGGAAGAUGGUUCAAGAUAACAUCAGGAAGAUGGAGGAAGAGAUCAGGAAGGUUAAACCUGUAGAAAUGGGAGCACAGGGAGCAUGGACCAAAUGGGAGACAACGGAAAGACGUCUUACAUGGGCAGAUAUCUGGAAGUUGGAACCAUGUAGAAUCCAGUUCCUCUUGCGAUCAGUGUAUGAUGUCCUACCAACACCUACCAAUCUUCACCAAUGGGGGAUGACGGAAAACCCCAACUGCCCACUGUGUGACCAACCGGGUAACCUGGCCCAUGUAUUGUCAUCGUGCAACACCGCUCUGACCCAGGGGAGAUAUACAUGGAGACACAAAAGGUACUGCGAGAGCUAG